CUUCAUCUGAAUAAUUAUUUUUAUCCCUCUUCUGAUCAUUAACUUUUGCGGUGACAAUCUGUUGGGAGUGACCUUUUUCCAGUCCCAAUUAAUUUUAUCAGUUCAUUUCCGCUCGCUGUGGCGUCAAGUUGCUGUCAAGGUGUCCCGGAUCUGGACCGCUUUUGCAAUGAAGACUCGGUUGACCGGCAGCCGAUGCAGCACACGUACAGCAGUGUGGACUACGUCCGCGUUGACUUCUAAGAUUCCCACGACAUGGAGUGCCUGACGCUUGAAUGGCCCUUGCUGUGACAGUGUGGUUGCAGAUGUUGUCGCAGGAUGAGUGGAAGGGCUACCUGAAGCUGCUGCAGUUCAGCGUCGCCGGUCUGGAGAUGACCUUUCUGAGCUGGGGUCUCGCCGGGAUGGGCAGCGCGUCGCAACUCGUCGUGUUCGCCUACUUGCACUACUGCUAUUCGGCUAAGCUUCUGCCUGUUCCCGGGCAGGCGACCUGGUCCGCUUCCUCUAGUUUCAUGCAGCUCUUUCCUUGGCCGGUGUCGGCAUCGGCCACCUCCUCGCCCACCCCGAUCUUCCGCCUGGGCGUCCACACAGUACCCUCCAGCGGGCAGCUGCCGGUCUUUGACCGCGGCUCGAUCUUCGCAGGCCUGAAUACGGAUCAGCUGGCUCUCGAAUUCCUCUCGGUGAUGCACAGCGCGGUCAGUCCCACCACGAUCCUCAUUAGCCACCACAACGAACCCGCCACCCCGCCGAUCCUCCGGCCCGCUGCCAGUGAUGGGAUCCCCCACUGUCCCAGCAGCUCGCUGACACCCCCUUGCAGCGACCUGCACAGUCCGCUGGUAUCCCCGUUGGGUAUCCCGGAAUACCCACUCAGUUUGGCUGGCUGCAGUUGUGCUACUCGGUGCUUUGCCUAUUCUCCUCUACCGCCGCUGGCCGCGACUCCAACGCUGCCGCCAACAUUACCCCGAUUCCGACAGCGGCAGCAUGUCUCCAGCUGA